CCUCCUUCCCGCCGUGCCCCGCGUCCGCACGUGACUUCACACCCGGAAGUGUUGCCAUGGCGGCGGGCGCGCUCUGGGGGCUCGUGGCCGCGCUGGAGACGCACCGGGGCCGCGACCGGGCGGUCCGGGCGCUGUCCUACGGCUGCCAGCUGGCGGGGGCAGCGCUGCCCGGCCCCGGGGGGCUGCCCGGGGGGCUCCUGGCCGCCUCCGCCCAGCUCAGCUCCUGCCGCACCGCCCUGCGCCUCUUCGACGACCUGGCCAUGCUCCGGCACAGCUGCAGCUACGGGCUGGGCCCCGAGGGCGAGGACGCGCUGGUGCGGGGGCUCUCGGUGCUCUGCAACGUGGCCAACCAGCUCUACUACCCCUGCGAGCACCUGGCGUGGGCCGCGGAUGUCGGCAUCGUCCGCGCCGCCUCGCAGAAGUGGUGGACGCGCAGCACGGCGCUGUGGGGCUGUGCCCUGCUCCUGGGCAUCCUGCGGUACGGCCGGGAUGGGCACGGGGAUGGUCCUGCCCUGGCAGCGGGAUCCCUGAGAAUCUUGUUCCAGUUAAGAAGAAAACUGAGCCAGCACAAGUGCAGCACUUCACCUCAGAGGCAGCAGAAGCUGAGAGCCCAGGUGAAGGCUGAACUUCUGAGCAUCCUCAUGGACACAGCAGAUCUCUCCAACGCAAUCCAUUGGCUGCCUCCAGGAUUCCUCUGGGCAGGAAGGUUCCCUCCAUGGCUAGUGGGACUCCUGGGGACCAUCUCCUCCCUGAUUGGAAUCUACCAGGCAUCGAGAGGAGCAAAUUCUGAAGCUGCCUAAGCCAGAACUGAGCUUCACAAGCCCAGUUUUCACAUGGUAAAAGUGCCUUUAGUGAGGCAGGGUGUAUUUUAACUUUCCUGGGUCGAUGAUUGUCCUUCCAAAUAUCCCAUAAUUGGGACUGGAAUCCAGAUGCCUGUUGCAGAGGGGAUUGUUUGCAGCUGAUCAUUCUUAUCACUCUUCAUCAGAGAAAUAAUUCAGAUGAAUCAUCUGAAAAUCAAGAAUCUCCUACAAUGGGUAAAACUGAGGGGGAAAGGGUUGCCUCCAUCUGUCCCACAAGAUAAAUGCAACCUCCCAGUGUUUUGUGCCACUUAAAGGAGCACAGUGGCCACGGUUCUGUCUCAGAGAACUGGAAAGGGAUGGAUCCUGGGGGCUCACACUCUGGGCUCGGGGCUGCACCUGAGCCAGGAUGGAACCCCUGUCCUGGGAGCUCUCCAGGUGUUUGGGCUUUGGGCUCAGACAGGAGGCAGCAGGGGUGUUGUUUGUGACCCUGUGUUUCCUCAAGGUGAGAGGGAAAUUCCAGGGAAUUGCCGCUGGAAGCAGCGUGGACCUUCCUCAGCUGCCUUGCCCGUUUAAGGAGAAAUGUUGGGAGUGGAGACUUCCCCCAGAGCUGAGGCUGCAGCUGUGCCUUUGUGGAAUGCCACCGGGUGGAGCUCUUCCACCAGGCUCCGGCAGCCGCCAACGGAACUUUUGUUUUUAUUAAAAAGAAGAAAAAAAAAAAAAAAAAAAAAAAAGCAGGAAAUUUAUUAAUCACCUUUCAAAGGAGCAGUCAAACCAGUGCCGAGGUGGGGUUUGCACUUACAGUUCUGGGCGUUGCCAACAAUAAAGGACACAAAUGCUUCAAA